AUGUCUGACAACUGCACUGCUGUGACUGAAUUCAUUCUUUUGGGAUUAACAGAUGACCAAACCCUUUGUGUCAUCCUCUUUGUGAUAUUUCUGGGCGUCUAUGCUGUCACCUUAGUUGGUAACCUUAGUAUAAUCAUAUUGAUCAGAAACAGCUCCCAGCUUCAUACUCCAAUGUACCUCUUUCUCAGUCACUUGGCUUUUGUGGAUAUUGGAUUUUCCUCAUCUGUCACACCUCUCAUGCUCAUCAACUUCCUUACAGGUGAGACCACAAUCCCUCGAGGGGACUGUGUGGCCCAAUUUUGUUUUGCAGCCAUUUUUGGGGCCACUGAGUGUCUCCUGCUGGCUUUGAUGGCCUAUGAUCGGUAUAUGGCCAUCUGUAACCCCCUACUCUACUCCACCAACAUGUCUCCUAGGCUCUGCACUCUGUUACUCAUCACAUCAUACCUGGGUGGUUGUGUUAAUUCUUGGAUUUUCACUGGUCUCUUAUUGAAUUUGUCCUUCUGUGGACCCAACAAAAUCAAUCAUUUUUUCUGUGAUUAUUCACCCCUUCUGAAACUUUCUUACUCCCAAAAUGAUCUUGCUAAAAUUCUUCCUGCUGCCUCUGCUGGGUCAAUCAUUAUGAUCACAAUGUUAAUUGUCCUAAUCUCUUAUGUAUACAUUCUCUUCUCUGUCCUAAAAAUAAGCUCCAUAGAUGGGAGAUCCAAAGCUCUUUCAACUUGCACUUCCCACCUCACAGCAGUCACCCUGUUCUAUGGGACCACUACAUUCAUUUAUGUGAUGCCUAAGUCCAGCUACUCAACAGAUGAGAAUAAAGUAGUGUCUGUUUUCUACACUACAAUGAUUCCCAUGUUGAACCCCCUGAUCUACAGUCUAAGGAACAAUGAAGUAAAAGAGGCACUGAGGAAACUGAUGAAUAGGAAACAUCCUUUUUCAUGA